AGAUGAUAGUAUUGACAAUUUGCAGAGGAAUAUCUUUGGUCCUCUUGAAGAACUGUUUAAAUGUUACAUGGGGAAAGGAAUGUAGCAGGCACCAAUAAAGUAUCUGCAAUACCAGCGCACUGGUAUUGUGGGGAAACUAAAAUAAUUAGAUUGAUGCUUAAUCUAGCUGAUAACUUCAAAUAGAUAAAAACAAGACAGAAAUGUUUCUUCUCCAUCCUUGUUUUCUGGGUGCAAAAACUUUUACAGAACAGCACAAAAGUCUUUUUUGUCAUCAUGUUCUAAUUCCAGGGUGGAAUUCUGGGAUUGUAGUGUUGGCAUCACCAUGGUCAAUUCCAGAAUUCCAAAUAUAAACGUAAUUCUUCUAUGGCAAGAUGAGGCUGAAGCCAAAAAGCUUCUUUCAUUUUCUGUGCUUAGAUAAAAUAUAUUGCUUAUUAUCUGUCAGAAAUGCCAGAGCUCUGACAGUUUACUUUCAUCUACUUGAUGUUCAUAAGAAGAACUCUUUGAAUAAUAUGCAGUUUUACUACUUCGUUCGUCAUGUAACUAAUCUAUCCAAAUCUCAGAUCAUGCUGGUCUUUGAUUUACUGGAUUGGGAUGGCAAAGGGGAGAUCGGCUUUGAUGAAUUCUACAUGUUGGUGUGCAUCAUAAUGGCACAUGAGAACCACCUUGAAAAACAGUUCAUGUAUCGUCAUUCUCAUGCUGUUUUUGAGUUGCUGGACAUUGAUGGGGGUCAUACAGUUGCUCCAGCAGAGUUCCAGGCCACACGCUUCCUUUUCAAUGUUAGAAAGACUGAGCUGAGUCAGAUAUUCAAGGACUUUGACAUCUCAGGUGAUGAGCAACUGAACUACAAGGAGUUUAGAAUGUUUACGAUCUUCUGCAUUGAUAGACAACAGAGGAAAGCAAAAGAUAAACUGAAAAGAGAGAUGGCCAAAGCCGCAGCUGAAAUUGAAGCAGAAGAAGAGUAUGCUGAUUUUACCAGAUUUAAACAGAAGAAGUUCUAACAGCAUAUAGAAUUAAUCUAUGACAGCUCUCCAAGGUUUAGCAAUUUAAACCAAAAUGAUGGUGAUAGGAAAACUUUGCAACUUGUUCAAAACAGCAACAAGAUACUAGUGGGCAGUAAUAAGAUGGUGUGCUGUAAUAUUCAGUGCUCUUUAAAGAAUAAAUCACCUUUUAAAGUAUAACCUAUUUUUCAAAAAAUAAAAAAGGCGGAGAAUCAAGAAACAACUGAUCACUUAUUGGAUGAAUUGGGUGCUUAUUAGAAAAAUGGAAGAAUUGCAUGGAGCACUGUAUAUUUAAAAAGAGCAGUAUAAGAUGGGACAGCUUGAUCUAGAAUGGAUGGAUGAGGUGUCUGAAAAGUCCAGAGCUCUAGGCUAGCUUGAGAAAUCAAAACACCCACUCUACUGCCUAUCUUUUUCUUUAUUUAACAUGGCUGACUUAGGAGAGGAAGCCUUUAUCCCAACUAGUCUGGAGCUGCUUCAGGUCAAAACUUAACUCCUUUUAAUGCCUUCUUCCCCCCACCCCCACCCCACUGAUUCAUUGUCUGAUCUUCCACAUCCACAACUAUACAUUUGCAGGACUUAAUACUUUACUUUGACUUCAUUUAGAUUGACAGCAGGUCUAAAAACAGCAGAUUGUGGCCUACUACAAAUAUCCAUGGUACAUAAAUAGAUUCUGGGCACCACACAUAAGGAAAGUGCUC